AUGGCAUCAUCGAUCCUCAGACAAGCACUGCCUUCAACGGUCCGCGAAAUCAGAUUCCAUUUCUCCCCGACUCAAGCAAAUCCAGUCAAAUCCUUUAUUCAAGCAAACUAUUCCUCAAUCAAAUCGUCGAAUCCUGAUCUGCCGAUCUUGUUCCGGGAAUCGUCCAUUGGUACACCCGCUCGGGCUAUUGUCAGAUUUGAAUAUGGGAUCGAAAAACAAGUCUCUCUGGAACAAGCAAAGUCUUCGGCAGAGAUUGAAUCGUUACUAUCAAACUUGAUCCAAGGAAAAAACUGA